ACUAUAUCGCAAACUAUGAUCUCAAAACACUUAACUGUCAUUUCAAACUCAUGUUAGAGCAAUUUUAAACCUCAAAAUAAAUGGCUUACAGUUGGCUUGAUUGGAGGGGGGGGGGAGCACUUUUUCAUUUUUCUGCAGUGGUCGGGAACAACAGGGAAUUCCAUCCCUCCCCGCUUUUUCCAAAGGUGGAGGUCUCCUGAAUGUUACCAGCUGAAUAUAUUUACUCAGCUCUUGCAGAGUGUUGGCCACAAAGGCAGGAAUGUGACUUGAAAGGGCCUGUUACAUUUUAAUUUUUGACCCAUAAAAUAAACACGAGAGUGGCCUUACAAUUUUUUAUUUAUUUUUUUAUGAAUGGCUCUAUUCAUUCCCAAUAGAAAAUUAGUUCUGGGGUAAAGCCACACCCACUUGAAAUACCCGGCUCACUCAUUGCUCAUCUAUUGGCCAGCCGUGAGGAGAGGGGGCGGGCCCUGUCAGGUGGUAUAAAGAGGUGUUUAAGUUGGUUGUCCCCAUAGGGGAACACUUGGACAAAGACCCGAAAAGGGACUGAGCUAUUUAGGACUGACUAUUCUUGAGUGGAGCUGAGUUUGAAAUUAGAUAUACAUAAACCAUAUUUAAUGAGCAUGGAUUAUGCAAUGUAUUUUAUUUGGAUGAUGACAGCCUUCAUCUCACAGGUGAUGGCUAUCUGUCCCGCGACAUGUGAGUGUCCCGCGGGCCACCCGAUGUGCCCUCCGGGGAUUAGCACUGUGCCAGAUGGAUGUGGGUGCUGCAAGGUGUGCGCCGCGCAGCUUAACCAAGACUGCAGUUCCAUAAAGCCUUGCGACCAUCACAAAGGGCUGGAGUGCAAUUACGGCAACGACAUCACAGAACCUUGGGGGGUGUGCCGAGCCAAAUCGGAAGGACGCACGUGCGACUACAGCGGCAGGAUCUACCAGAAUGGAGAGAGCUUCCGCGUGGGCUGCAAGCACCAGUGUACCUGCCUGGAUGGCGCCGUGGGCUGCGCGCCUCUUUGUGACCACAACCUGCCACCGGCAUCGCCAUCGUGCCCCUUCCCUCAGCUGGUCAGAAUGCCCGGCCGGUGUUGCUUCACCGUCGACUGCCACAAACACAACCCAAAGAUGACCUUUCCGAAACGACGGCAACCCAAACUGCAGCGCCGACCCACCCCUCGGCCUCAUGAAAACGAUCUUCCGGCGGCCAAUGAGAUUGUGCCCCUUCACGCGACUGGCUGGGAGGCUGAGCGUGGCUACAAAUACCUACCUGUGUGGGGCAACCAGAAGAAAUGUCCCAUUCUCACCACCGGUUGGUCCCAGUGUUCUCGUAGCUGCGGGACGGGCAUCUCCUCCCGCCUCUCGAACAAGAACCCCCAGUGCAAGCUGAAGAGAGAAACCAGAUUGUGUACAGUGCGGCCAUGCAGCGCCACGCAGCCUCUUCCAAGCAAGAGAGGCAGGAAGUGCUCCGCCAUGCAAAAAUCCCCGUCGCCCAUCCGCCUGUCCUUUGGCGAGUGCGUCAGCGUGCGCCUAUACCGGCCCAACUUCUGCGGCCAGUGUCGGGACGGACGUUGCUGCUCGCCGCGCCGCACCCGCACCCUGCCAAUCGACCUGGCCUGCCCGGAUGGCCAGCGCCUGCGAAAAUCGGCCAUGUUCAUCCAGUCAUGCAAAUGCAGCGAGGAGGCCUGCGGCCAUCUGAACGACGUGGCCCUGCCACCGCAGCGCUGGAUGCGCGGUGACACAUACAAAUUCAUAGACAAACAGUGAUUUUAUUUCAGUUUUGAUGCGGAGCAAGAUGACAUGCCAGGUUUGACAGUGUAUGGGAGGAAGGGCCCUGGUUGGUGCGUGUGUGUGGCCCAGGGUGCGGGUGCCUUUGUUCAGAUGUGGGAGCUAAAUUAAAGCCCUGAUGCAGCCCCGGACACUUCCCUCCUUCAUGAGGGAUAAGCGUGCUUAUUCCGACUUGGAUAUUUUGAGACCCUCCCGACAGGCCGCAAGAGGAAAUGCUUUGCAAGGCACUUUGAAAACCGACUUUGAUCUUUAGCGGCAAUGCAAAAGGACCUAAUGUGUUCAUUGGGUUUCACACAAUUUUUCUCUGGUGUACAGUGAACCCUGAAUUAUGUUUUUUUGAAGGGGGUGAGGGGGGAGACUUGAAAAACUCACUUGGAAUGCUGCAAAAAUAGUUCUUUGCCAUCUUGUAACACUUAAGUCUUGGUGGGUGGGUGGGUGUCAACUAUUUGUGGAUUGUGGCUAUUCGCGACAGGGUUCGGUCUCCACCCCCCACAAAAAGCAAGGGUUCACUGUACAGCGAUGCCUUGAGAUAGACUCCACGGUACUCAGUCAUAUACUAUAUUCUCCGUGUUGAAUGACUAUUGUCGUACUGAUGGGAUCAGAGAGGAACUGAGACAGAUCAUUUAGAACGAAAGUUAUGGAUUUGCCAUUGUAAAUAUGAAACAGGAUUAAUAUGAUUGUUGGCGUUGUCUAUAUUUUAGCAGCUUGGCGAGUCAGCUCUUAUCACACCACAUUCCACAAGAUAAUGUUCAGGAUAACCUUUGCUGACCUGGAUUGCAGAAAAGCACAAAUGUAUCCUGAUUGUAUGCGUGCAACCCACAAAGUCUUUUGACAUUAUAUCCUGUAAUGCAUCGCAAACCCUUAAGAUAUUCUUUAUUUACAACCAGCAAAAGAACUCGAGUUCUUUGUUUUGGCGGGGGAAUUUGCACUUAUUUGACAAGCUGUCAUGUUGACACACAGCACUGACGCCACUCCACAUUGGUGUGUUUGUAAAAUAGUUGGUUUUUUUGUGUUCACAAUCUGAUAAAUGGUUCAAUAAACUAAGUAAUAUU